AUGGAGCCCCCAGCCAAGCGGCGCCGACACGGCAAGUCGCCGCUGGACGCCGACGCCGACGACGAUGAGCUUUGCUUCGAACCUGUCGAGCUUUCGGCCAAGCGAGACCCUGGAUACAGGCUUUCGCUCCAGCGAGCCUACGCCGACAACCGCUUCCAGGCCACCAUGGCCCACAUCUUUGAGAAAUACAAUCGCGACUUUGAUGGCAUUGGCGACGAAAUCGACAUGGUCUCGGGUGAGAUUGUUGUCGACAAUGGCCAUUUGCAGAAUAUGCGCGACGAGGGCGAUGUCGGCACUAGUGAGCAAGGGAGCGACGAGGACCAAGGAAUCUUGUUGCAUCAUCUCCUGGACGACGACGAUGACGACGAGGGCUACCUGUUCCCGCGCGCAGCCGAACCGUUGGAGACACCGGCUCGCAACGACGAACAAGACGACGAGGAUGAUGACAUUAUGUACGGCCGCAAACCCGUCCGGCAAUCACAGUCCUUGGUGCCCGUCCCAAGACCUCAACCGUCGGGCCGGAGCCUCCCGUCUCCCAGCCUGCUUAGCGGCCUCUGCGGCGCCGGAACCCUGGAUUUCGGGGACCCCUUUGCAUUCGGUGCAUCUCCCCUGGCCUUUGGUGUCUCGCCUCUCGCCGGCUCGCCGUGGUCUCUUACGAACGGGCUCCCCGGUUCUCUGUGGGAGCCCCCGAGCAUAUCCCCGAGAGCGCCACGACUGCUCCCCUCGCCGGGAGAGCGCUACAAUUUCCCCGCCCAAGACUGCGGCAGCUCCAUCUGGGCACCCAACUAUCGCUUCAAGGAAGACGAUCGAGACCGUCCGCCAGCUCAACUAGAAUUCGGGUCGAUGCGGCCGCGGCCGAGGACGAGGACCAGGCCCAUGAAGAGUAUUUACCCUUCCGCAGCUCCAACGGCGGCCGUGGAUGAGGAAGUUGACGAAGACGUUAUUCUGACGGGCAAGAGUUCUGCGCACCACCAACCACCCGGACAAAUCAUGGCUACGAGUACACAAGACGACACUGACAGCGUGUUCAUCUCCCAAACUACGCCGACAAGAGAACCAGCUGCCGAGGGAGGAAAACAAUCCAGGACCUCCGACCAAGAGGCGUCUCAAACUAGCUCCAAAAGGGCCCGGAAACGCCUCUCAGGAAUCUCUGGGACAAAGAAGAAGAAGAAAAGGAAGGAUCAAUCACAGUCUCGCAAUGCACCCGUCGAGGCCCCGUCGAGGCCCCAGCGUCCAGACGACGUCUCGGUGGUCCUCACAGAGGCGCGAGACGGACGUGGAUCCGAAAUGACUGGCAACACUCUGCGGCCGGCGAGAAAGCAAGACGAGCAGCGGCAUUUACAAGAGGCAUCGCGCAGUGCGGCACGGAAACAGGGGCCGUCGCGGCAGCGCAUCGCGGUGGAGAUUGCUCCGAUGGAUCGGCCGCAGCGCGAUGAGUACGAGGAAGUCGACGAUGCGGUCGACGAGAUUGCUGACUCGGCAGACGAGGAGCUUGGGCCCGCGGGCCGCUCGCCCCAAAUCGAUGGCAGGGGCACGACCGAGCCAGAGCGCCUGGUGGAAGCCGUCUCGGUCUGCGGAAAUGAGCCCGUGUCGCAAAAUGUCGGCGGUGCCUGUGAAAAGGCACCCGAGCGUGACCGGAAAGAGUUCGGUGAGCCACACAAGGCCGUGAGCUCCGCGUUUUGUCUGUCAGAUGACGAGAUGCCCAUCUGGUCCGAGCCGAAGAAACCGCCCAAGGCAGCCAAGGACCGCAACAAGCCCGCGGUACCCAUGACCUCGCCGGGACCACCAGACUCGGGCGUCGGAGACUCAGCCGCGGCCCCGAGCUCGACCCGGGUCGCCGGGUCGCCUAGUGCCCCCGGUGCUACUGCUACAUCGCCAAGUUUGCCUCCGGCGUCAGGACGGUCUGAGAAACGUCGCAGGCCGAGAAAGUCGCAAGCCGCCGCCUUCGGCCACGACGCGUCUGCUGCGCCGCCGCCGACGCUUGAGCAGCCGCCAUUGUCUGUGGCAAGUCACGGCGCGGCGGCCGACGGCAACGUUUCGGCGACGCUUGUGGAAGACAAAUCGCGACGGCUGACGAGGGAGCUUCGGUGGCUUAGGAAGCUCAAUGGGCCCGACAUGGUCCCCGCGCACGCCCCGAGCUCGCCUACUGCCAAGGACCCUCCUCAAUCCAGGCCGCCGAGACGCGCCGCGUCUGGAUCCAGGCCCAGGGUUGAGGAGCCCGAGUCUGUCCAUCAGCAACAAGACCAAGGCAGGCACGAUGGCACGCCGUCUGAAGGCUUGGUGGAAGUCGACGAAGGCCCAUGCUCCAACCCUGUCGCAGACACUCCCCGGAGCCCGCCCGCGCUCGCCCCCCUCCAAGAAAACACCCCCAUGGCCUCGCCCGCAAAGCCAGCGCCGCAGACGCGCUCGCCACCGCCCGCGCCCCCCUCCAAGCCGCAGACCCCGCGCCACACGUCCAUCAAGCCGACCAGAGCCCCCUCCUCGCGCCGCUCCAUCCUCUCCCUCAUAUCCUCGGACCCCAUGGACGAUGACGACGACGCAGACGAGAGGGACCUGGACGAGCUGGGCCGCAGCCUCGGCGGCGCCCCAUCCGUGUCGUUCCUCAGCUCCGGCGCGAGCCGCAAGAUCUGGAAGUCGAGUGCGCGCACGACAGAGGUCUACCACACGCCCGUCAAGCGGCGGCCGACUGAAGUCUUGAGCCCGGGGAGCAUCAUCAAGACCCCCGGCGGCACGCUUCGCACGUGUGGCUUGGCCGGGUAUCGGUGUGGGCGCGACUUUUGCUUCACCUGCUUAUGA